ACUAUUUAUGUAGGGAUAUUGAAAGGAAAAGGUCGAGAAAACAAAAUCCAAAGUUAGAAAACGUUGCAGUUAAGUUAAAGCAAAGUUGCAACCGCGAACAUGGCCACAGAAACUGCUACUCAAGCGCCUAGUUCCUGGAGCGCAGGCGCAGACAGCUGUUUCCCCCACAGAAACCAUUACCGCGAGUCUUAGGGAUAAACUUGUAAAGAAUGCCAGAACUAAGUUCUCGCGAGAGGUAGUUAGUUACUAUAGUUGCGGGUAACGCAAUUGUGGCUGCCUCAGGUAAGACGGCUAUAAUUCCUCCGAAACCCUCUGCCCCCCGAUCUCUCCUUCGUGGACCUGCGACCACACCCCGUUACAGCUUCUCUUCAGCUACAGCCAGAGUGAAACGCUGGGACCGCAUCCCAACGCAGUGCACUCGGAGACCAGAGAAGACCAGAGGGACUUUGCCCAAGUGCUGAUAUGGAGCAGGUGUCAUCAACAAGCAGACCUGUGCAGAUCACUGUGACAGAUGGAUAUGACUUGAAAGGUUUUAAAGGAGAUACUCCAGUUACUUUUAUUCGUGCAGAAUUCAGUCAAGUGGUUCUGGGAGACUCUGCAAAAGUUACGGUUUCUCCAGAAGGAACUGCAAAAUACAACUUCACUAGCAGCUUUGAGUUCAAUCCUGAAGGAGGAAUUACUUUGGAUGACCUCGCCCACAAACCUGUGUUCUUAACUAUGACUGAAGUUUUACCAAAGGAAAAGAAACAGAAAGAUGAGAAGACCUUAAUUCUUGGUCAAGCUGUGGUGGACCUUCUUCCUUUACUGGAAGGAGAAAGUUCAUUUGAAACAAUAAUCCCCUUGCACCCUGUGCCAGGCUCGCCUUUAGAAUCUCUUCGAUCAGGUGCUAAGCAGUGCAGUCUUGAAGUUAAAGUAUUUGUGGCAGAGCCCUUAUUGACCACAGCACAGAUUUUAGGAGGCAAUCUACUGAAGGUCACAUUGGAGGCUGCCUACUCUGUGCCUGAAUCUUUCAUUCCAGUAGGCCCUCUGCAGAACUACAUGGUUGGUCUGCAAGUUCCAUCAGUUGGAGAGAAAGACUAUCCCAUUUUGUUCAAGAAUGGAACUCUGAAGAUUGGAGGGGAAAGAGAACCUGUUCCCCGGCCUAAAAAAUGGCCAAUUGCCAACAUUCUGGCUCCAGGAGCUAAUGACAUUCCUAAUGCUUUCAUUGUUGGUGGGCCCUAUGAGGAAGAAGAAGGAGAACUCAAUCACCCUGAGGACAGGGAAUUUAGGAACCAAGCAGAGUGCAUAAAGAAAAGGAUUACUUGGGACCUGGAAAGUCGCUGCUACCUUGAUCCUCCUGCAGUAGUCAGUUUUCAGAAGCGAAUUGUUGAUUGCCGCUUUUGGCCUGUAGAGAUCACAAGAGUUCCUCUGACUACUGUACCCAAAGGGAAAGCUGCAAAAUUUGAUAAGACUGAUGAUGAAAGUCAGCUUUCGUUUCAUGGUGUGGCUUAUGUGAAUAUGGUCCCAUUGCUGUAUCCAGGUGUGAAGAGGAUUCGGGGAGCUUUUCAUGUUUACCCUUACCUAGACAGUACAGUCUAUGAAAAGACCAAAUGUUUAUUUAGCUUGUUCCGGGAUACUGGCCAUCAUUUGAUUCAGAAUAAUAAAAUAGGAGGAAUUAAUUCUCCAUUGUCUAAACUAGUUGUUUCAAAGAACCUGAAAGAAGAUAAAGCAGUCAAAGAAAAGGAUAUAGAAGGAAGGCCUAGGCCUGGGGAUAUGCAAGCACCUAGUAUAAAAUCUCAGAGCUCAGAUACUCCUUUGGAAUUUGAACCCUCUCUAAGCCACAAUCCAGAAGGACAGCAAUAUGUAGAAGCAGGCACAUACAUUGUGUUGGAGAUUCAGCUGGACAAAGCCUUGGUUCCAAAGCGAAUGCCAGAGGAGCUAGCCAGAAGGGUCAAGGAUAUGAUUCCGCCAAGGCCGCCUCUUACCCGUCGGACAGGAGGAGCUCAAAAGGCGGUGAGUGACUACCACAUGCAGAUCAAAAAUAUUUCUAGAGCCAUUCUGGAUGAGUAUCACAGGAUGUUUGGAAAACAGGUGGCCAAACUAGGGAGUGAUAUGGAUAGUGAAACCCUAGAGGAACAGAAGUGCCAGCUCAACUAUGAACUUAACUGCUCUGGAAAAUACUUUGCUUUCAAAGAACAACUCAAGCAUGCUGUAGUAAAGAUUGUGAGAGAGAAGUAUUUGAAGACAACAUCAUUUGAAAGCCAGGAGGAACUGCAGACAUUUAUUAGUGAGCUCUAUGUGUUCUUGGUGGAUCAGAUGCAUGUGGCCUUAAACCAGACCAUGCCAGAUGAUGUCCAACACACUCUUUCAACCAUUUAUACAAGCAAUGAACAGCUUCGACUCUUCGCAUUUGAAGCAGAAGUCAAUGAGAACUUUGAAAUGGCAGCAGUGUAUUAUGAAGAGAGGUUGGUCCGUGAGCCCCAGAACUUGGAACACUGGCUGGACUACGGUGCCUUCUGCCUCCUAACUGAGGACAACAUCAAAGCACAGGAGUGUUUUCGGAGAGCCCUUUCCUUCAACCAGAAUCAUAUCCACAGCCUGUUGCUGUGUGGUGUCCUGGCUGUCUUGAUGGAGAACUAUGAGCAGGCAGAAAUUUUCUUUGAGGAUGCUACUUGCUUGGAACCAACUAAUGUUGUAGCCUGGACUUUACUUGGUUUGUACUAUGAAAUUCAAAACAAUGAUAUUCGAAUGGAAAUGGCAUUUCAUGAAGCCUUCAAACAACUUCAGGCACGAAUGCUUCAGGCACAAGUAGCGAAGCAGAGGGGCACUGGUACUGUAGAGUACAUUGAAGAAGGAGGGAAAGUAGGAUCCAGUUUAGGCCCUUGGGGAAUCACUAAUGGUUCUGCAACAGCAAUGACGGUGGAAGCGGCAGCAGGACCAAGAGAUCCAUCAUACAUUCUAGAUGACUUUCUUGAAGAAUCCUCCAAACUGCAGUCUGAUUCACGAGAAAACAUUUUGUCCCUACAAUAUCAAGAUCCAACUAUCAGCCAAAAACCAUCCAAUAUACUUCUCAAAGACAUACCAGCAAAGAAAGAAACAUCAAAAUGUCAAGAUUCAUCAACGUUUUUGCAUCCCAGCCCUUAUGGUGUUUCCCAAACUCCUGCCACCAUCUUCAUGGAGACCAUACGCUUCUUGAUGAAGGUCAAUGCUGUGCAGUAUGUGCACAGAGUGCUUGCACAUGAGCUGUUAUGCCCUCAAGGAGGCCCCAGCUGUGAGUAUUACUUGGUGCUGGCCCAGACACACCUUCUCAAGAAGGACUUUGCCAAGGCAGAGGAAUACCUUCAACAAGCAGCCCAGAUGGACUACCUGAACCCUAAUGUCUGGGGCAUGAAGGGCCAUCUCUAUUUUUUAAGUGGAAAUCAUGCUGAGGCCAAGGCAUGCUAUGAGCGAACCAUUAGUUUUGUAGUGGAUGCUUCUGAGAUGCACUUCAUCUUCCUGCGACUGGGACACAUCUAUCUGGAAGAGAAAGAGUAUGAAAAGGCAAAGAAAACCUACCUGCAAGCCUGUAAGAGAUCACCUUCGUGCCUUACCUGGCUAGGACUGGGAAUCGCCUGUUAUCGGCUGGAGGAGCUUUCGGAAGCUGAAGAUGCUCUCUCUGAAGCCAAUGCAUUGAACAACCACAAUGCUGAAGUAUGGGCAUAUUUGGCUCUGGUCAGCCUAAAAGCUGGACGGGAACUGGAAGCUGAGCAGGCCUACAAGUACACAAUGAAGCUGAAAUUGAAAGAUGAGACUCUACUUGCAGAGAUCCACAUGGUACAGGAGGCAGUUGGCUUUGGAAAUCCAUCUUUCUGACAUACUUCCAGCUGAAGACUAUUCUGUAUGGGACUCUGAGCUUCUUUCCUUCCCAGAGAAAUUAAACCCUGGAUAUUUCAUCACAUGAGGCCUGGGAAUGGACAACACCAUGAACAGAAACUCGUUCAUUUAUUUCCAUGGGCUAUCUUACUGGAUAGCCCUCCCUGGGAUGUUUUACAAAUGACAGUAAACUAGAUGACAAUAAAAAAUGGAAGAGAUUAAAAAUUCA